GUACCAUGACAACCCUGGAUGACAAGUUGCUGGGGGAGAAACUGCAGUACUACUACAGUAGCAGUGAGGAUGAGGACAGUGACCACGAAGACAAGGACAGAGGCAGGGGUGCUCCAGCCAGCACUUCCAUCCCUGCAGAGGCUGAGCUGGCAGGCGAAGGCAUCUCAAUUAAUACAGGUCCAAAAGGUGUGAUCAAUGACUGGCGCCGCUUCAAACAGUUGGAGACAGAACAGAGGGAGGAGCAGUGCCGGGAGAUGGAAAGGCUGAUCAAGAAGCUGUCUAUGACCUGCAGGUCCCAUCUGGAUGAAGAGGAAGAGCAACAGAAACAGAAGGACCUCCAGGAGAAGAUUAGUGGGAAGAUGACUCUGAAGGAGUUCACCAUGAUGAAUGAGGACCAAGAUGAUGAGGAGUUUCUGCAGCAGUACCGGAAGCAGAGGAUGGAAGAAAUGCGGCAGCAGUUACACAAGGGACCCCAAUUCAAGCAGGUUUUUGAAAUCCCUAGUGGAGAAGGGUUUUUAGACAUGAUUGAUAAAGAACAGAAGGGCACCCUCAUUAUGGUCCAUAUUUAUGAGAAUGGCAUUCCAGGGACUGAAGCCAUGCAUGGCUGCAUGAUCUGCCUUGCUGCAGAGUACCCAGCUGUCAAAUUCUGCAGGGUAAAGAGCUCAGUUAUUGGGGCCAGCAGUCGGUUUACCCGGAAUGCCCUUCCUGCCCUGCUGAUCUACAAGGGAGGUGAAUUGGUUGGCAAUUUUGUUCGUGUCACUGACCAGCUGGGGGAAGAUUUCUUUGCUGUGGACCUUGAAGCUUUUCUACAGGAAUUUGGAUUACUCCCAGAAAAGGAAGUCUUGGUGCUGACGUCUGUGCGUAACUCUGCCACCUGUCACAGUGAAGACAGCGAUCUGGAAAUAGAUUGAACCGAUGGUCUUGUUGCACAGAUUUCUCACUGUUUGGUCUGGAAGACACAUGUCUGUGUUUAUUUUUGUUCCUUCUUGUGUCUCUGGCUUUUCAGCUGUUCUUUGUAGUCUCUUAUUAUGUGGAAAGUAAAGACAUUCUUAGAUUAAAUCAGAAUGCUGAGUCACCUUUUGGCCAGCAAUAAAGUAACCUAAAACUAUAUAAACAGGAAGCCAGGCUUUUGAGCUGUUUACUUAAGAUUCUCUAGCAUGACAUCUCUGUUAUUGUUUCCAGUCAUUAUUUACAUGGCAUCCUAAAACAUUGUCCUGGAAAUUGCCUUAUGACUUUCAGAGGUCUCUGCCAGGUCUGAGAAUAGAAGUUUCUGUUCCAUGUGUUAUUUGCAGUGGAAAUCAUGCAUUUCCCUAAUCAAAUGAUUGUAAUUUAUAUUUACCAGUAAUCAGAUCCAUAGCUCUAUAAUGUAGUUAAAUGUUUUCCUCAGACCCUCUUCUUCCCCAGGAUCUUGUUUGAAGGUUCCAGGUGAAGCCACGGAUGUAGUUAUUGCUGGCCUAGCGUGUGUAACACUGUAGAUUUGGUCCCCAGUACUGCCAAAAAAAAAAAAAAAAGAAAAAAACGGUUCUGGAGAUGUGUGCUUGCCCUGUCAAGGGGGUGACUGCGCCUGCUGGGGUAAGUGGCUUCUCCAGCACUGUGAAGCCUGGAAUGAGAGGAAGGGUUUUUGCUUACUGCUGUUGUGAUACUCUGCACAGCCAGUGUUUUAUUGACCCAAACAUUGGAUCUGGGCUGCAGCUGGAAAGCUCGUUAAAGGAGGAUCUUUUAGGUGCUAUCUCUGGUGUCUGUCUAUUAUUUAAUAAGGUAACAGUGUUUAAUGUAGAUUUUUUUUAAAGAAUUUUUUCUGGAUUACUGGAAAAAUAAAUCAUAGUAGAGGAAAACUGACCAAAACACAGAAGCCAAAAUAGAUAAUUAGAAUAAUCUCUAAUCCUAUCCCUCAGAGUAAAACACUAUUAAUGUUUUGGUAUAUUUCCUACCAAGGUGUUUUCUUUGUAUACAUAGACAUUUUGCUUGUUUUUAAACAAAGCAUUGGGAUCAUUCUGAACAUACUGUUUUAUAGUAUGGUUAGCUAACAAUAUAUUUUUUUCAUAUUACUAAAUUUUCUUCUAUAACUUUUUUAAAUAGUUGAGAUUCCAUUGAGUAGAUAUACUGUAAUUUGCUUGAUGAUUAUCUUUUAGAAAGAUAGCAAACACUUUUUUAAUUAGAAAAAUAAUAGCCAUUCGUUGUAGAGCAUGUAAUGAAAAUCAUUAAGGAAAAGAGAUUUAAAAAGCCAUUUCACUAACCAAAAUAAACUCUUACAUUUUUGUAGGUAUCUCUACUUUUUUUUCUCUUUUGUGGUAUUUAUAACAGUGGCUGUCAUUCAGGUUGUUUCUUUUAGUUUCUUAUUUACAAUAUACAUCCUAGGAUCAGGGAAAAUACAAUCUGGGAUUAAAUAUUAGUUUUUAAGUUCAUGGUUUUGUUUUCUCGGCUGUUCUGGCUUUGAUUAACUAGAAGAGUCUACGUGAUGUGAUGUCUUUAACCAAUAAGAAGAAAGUACAUGGUUUUUCUGACUACGGAAGCUCAUUGAAGAAAGUGGAAAGCAUAGAAAAUUAUUAGAAGCAGAGACUGCUCUUGUCAGCAUUGUGAGUUUUCAGUAUGUGUAAUAGUUGAGAGCUUUCAAAUUUUGUUCUGUGCUGUGCCCUAUUGAAUAUUACUGUCCUGCCUCAGUACUUAUCAGAUUGAUUCAGGGACUCGUAAGGAGGGCUGAGACUGAUGAGUUCCAAAAUGAAUUUUUCCCAUAAGAAACAAUGUAGUUAGAAAUAAUUUAUGAAAGUUCCCCAGGACUUUCCUGUUAUACUGGGCUAAUGUAAGCCUUUUAGGCUUAAAGGUAUCAUUCUUAACCUUUCUGGGGCCCAUGAUUAGCACUUAAAAUGCAUGGAAGUACAAGAGGACAAGUGUUUUCUGCACUGUUCAAGAACUACUGUGAGACUGAUGCAAGUGCCGAGGGCUGGAACAGUUUUUCUUGUUAAAAUGUGACAGAGGACAGAGGAGUGGUGGCGCACGCCUGUAAUCUCAGCACUCUGGAGGCUAAGGCAGGAGGGUUUCCACGAGUUCGAGGCCAGCCUGGAUUAUAUAGUGAGGACUAUGUUGUCUCAAAGUGACUACUGCAGCAACAAAGUGACUACUGCAUUUGAAGCCGAGGAGUACCAAAGUAUGGCUGUGAUAAAUACUUUGAUAUGUUACUAAAAUUCUAAAUAAAUAAUUUUUAAUGGC